GUUCCACAGGGUUACUUCCGGUUUAUUGUUGUUUACCUUUGUCUACCAACAGUCGACACUUCGUGUAUUAGACCUAAUAGGGUACAUAUAGCCUUAAUUUUAUCGAUCAUCAUGAAAUUGAAAUACGCAUGUAAUAGUUUGGGGUGUAUGCAGUACAUAAAUGUUUAUGAGCGUUUGAUAAGCUACUAUUGAUCUACGAAAUACAACGAAAGACUUCGUCAAGAACAGAAGACGAUGCAAUGUUGUCGUGUAACUCGCACAAGGCCCAGCUAUCUAGUAACCGAAGGGGGAAAGGAAAAGAACGUAUUAGACUCAGUGAAACCUGUCAAACAGAUUGAUGUCAGAACUCUAAAUGCAAGCAAGCUCCCAUAUGACUACAAUGAAUGUAUAAGGGAAAUUAGAUAUAUGUACAAUAAAUAUGGUAUAUGGGAACUGGAUAAUUUUCCAUGCCUUUCACUUGAGGUCUUUAGUUUCAUCAUUAAUCAUGUGAAUGUCUGUAUGCCACACUCUCAUGAUGUCAUGCCAUUACUGGACAUUCCUGAACACUGGUUUAUUUCAGCCAUACUACCUAUAACAUUGCCAAAAUAUUAGACUGAAAAUUUUCACAUACACAAGAUUUGAAGCAGCAAAAGAAAAGAAUUAGAUACAGUAUGUAUAACACACAAAAAAGAAGAAAUGAAUUCCCACCUGGCUGAAAUUAACUUUUUACUCCUUUUUAGCUCCCUUUCACUGCAUACCAGCCAAUAACUAGCAGUCAUUAUAUGCAGAUCAGCCAUUGUUAUUAACAUGUAUAUAUACAUGUAUAUAUGUUGAAUAAAAUAUGAAUGAAAAUUGU